GUCUUCACCACUAUGCAACGACAACGCUGCUAUGAAAAUCUUCUUGAUUCUCUUAUUUACCGGCUUCAGAUUGGGUGGCGGCAAACGUUCUUUUUCCGAUGAUGGCAACGUGUUACAUAUCGGCGGCAUUUUCCCCAUUGCCGGCGAGGGCGGCUGGCAGGGCGGCCAGGCAUGUAUGCCGGCCGCCCAUCUCGCUCUUGAAGAUGUCAACGCCAGAAAAGAUCUGCUUCCGGGAUACGUCCUCAAAUUGCACAGCAACGAUAGCGAGUGCGAGCCGGGACUGGGAGCCAGCGUCAUGUAUAAUCUGCUCUACAACCAACCAACGAAGCUCAUGUUGUUAGCGGGUUGCAGCACUGUUUGUACGACGGUAGCUGAGGCAGCGAAGAUGUGGAACCUCGUCGUGCUCUGUUACGGAGCGAGUUCGCCCGCCCUUUCCGACCGAAACCGCUUUCCGACCCUCUUCCGUACCCACCCCUCGGCCACGGUGCACAACCCGACAAGAAUAAAAUUAAUGAAAAAGUUCGGCUGGUCCAGGGUGGCAAUUCUUCAACAGGCGGAGGAAGUUUUCAUAUCUACGGUCGAAGAUCUAGAGCGGCGGUGCACAGAGGCGGGCAUCGAAAUAGUAACCAGACAGUCUUUUCUUUCGGAUCCGACGGACGCCGUGAGAAAUCUCAGGAGGCAGGACUCGAGGGUCAUCGUUGGACUUUUUUACGUUGUGGCAGCAAGGCGGGUGUUAUGUGAACUGUAUAAACAAAACCUUUACGGGAAGCAGUAUACUUGGUUUUUUAUAGGUUGGUAUGAAGACAAUUGGUUCGAAGUAGUCAUUGAGAAGGAGGGAAUCGAGUGCACGGUGGAGCAAAUGAGGCAAGCAGCUGAAGGGCAUAUCACCACAGAAGCCCUCAUGUGGAACCAGAACUUAAACGAACGGACGAUAUCUGGAAUGACGUCUGAGGAUUUUAGAUUGAAACUGAAUGACGUGUUGAGAAGUGAGGGCUACGAUAUCGCAAAUCAGAGGUAUCCAGAAGGUUAUCAGGAAGCGCCGUUGGCUUAUGAUGCAGUUUGGAGCGUGGCAUUAGCUUUCAACAAAACAAUGGACAGACUUCAUAAGUUUGGAAAGAGUUUGAAAGACUUUAAUUACAACAACAAAGAGAUUGCAGACGACAUCUAUUCAGCAAUAAACUCUACGCAGUUCUUGGGAGUAUCGGGUUUUGUGGCUUUCAGCUCUCAAGGUGAUCGAAUAGCAUUAACCCAGAUUGAACAAGUUAUUAACGGAAGUUACGCCGUGCUGGGAUAUUACGACACACAGGCUGAUAAUCUCACAUGGUUCGAUAGGGAAGUGUGGAGCGGUGGAAAAGUGCCUCAAGAUCGGACCAUCAUCAGACGAGUAUUGAGAACUCUAUCUUUGCCUUUGUUUAUUUGUAUGUGUAUCAUUUCGAGCGUUGGAAUCAUAGUAGCGGGUGUUUUGAUAGGUUUCAAUAUUUGGAACAAACACAGACGGGUUAUUCAGUCAUCUCAUCCAGUGUGCAAUACGAUCAUGCUUUUUGGUAUUAUCGUCUGUUUAACGGCUGUGUUUAUCCUCGGAUUGGACGGUAGGUUCGUACACCCUGCUGCUUAUCCUGCGUUAUGUCAAACUAGAGCCUGGCUCUUAUCGACUGGAUUCACGUUAUCAUUCGGAGCGAUGUUCAGCAAAGUUUGGAGGGUACACAGGCUCACAACCAAAGCGAAAAGUGAUCCAAAAGUGCGGAUGAAAAAGGUACAACCCUGGAAACUAUACUCGAUGGUAUCGGGGCUGCUGGCUGUAGACUUCAUUAUCAUGUUAGCCUGGCAGCUGCUGGAUCCUCUUCAGCGACGCAUAGAGUUGUUUCCUUUGGAGGCUCCCCUUUCGUCAUUGGACGAUGCCAUGAUAAGGCCGGAACUGGAACACUGCGAGAGCCGCAACAAUAACGUGUGGCUGUCUCUGAUGUACGCUUACAAAGGCCUAGUUUUGAUAUUUGGCCUGUUUCUUGCCUACGAAACAAGAUCUCUGAAAGUGAAACAAAUAAAUGAUUCAAGGUACGUGGGAAUGAGUAUUUACAACGUUGUGAUACUGUGCCUCAUUACUGCCCCGGUGACUAUGGUGAUUGCCAGCCAACAAGACGCGAGUUACGCCUUCGUCGCACUUGCGAUCGUUUUUUGCUGUUUUCUCAGUAUGGCUCUCAUUUUCGUGCCUAAAGUAAUCGAAGUCAUGAAACACCCUAGGGAUAAGGCUGAGAGUAAAUAUAAUCCAGAUGUUGGUGUUUCUAAAGAAGACGAAGAGAGAUAUCAGAAACUGCUGAGUGAAAAUGAAGAUCUGCUUCGGCUGAUAGCGCAGAAAGAAGAAAAAAUAAAUCUACUCAAAAAUAGGCUGGCAGAAAAAGAAGUCGGAAAGGGUGGACUAACGCCAUCUAGCAUCACUCAAGAUACUAAAGACGAAAGAAUAUAGUCCACCAGUAUCAAAUAACGGAUUGAUUCGUUGGUAGGUAUAGGUAGAUGUCAAGAAGACAGACUUUCAUGAUAUCUAGCUGAUUUUAUAUUUAUACAUGAAACAUCGAUGAUUUCGCUCGUUAAUGCUGAUUUCAUGAAUCUCUGUAGUCCACAGUUGAAAAUGAAUUUUAUUUUAAUCUAUAAUAUAAGAGACAAUAUGAAAAUGAUGAAUCGAUGAAUAGUUACUGCUGUGACAUUUUCCAAAGGAAAAGUAAACUGCUUCACGGCAGAAUUUUAAGUCAAUUCUAUUAAAUAUGUAGCCAGAAAAUGUGUUGACGUUGUUAUAUUUAUAAUAUAAGACGAAUUUAUUUUUUUGGAAUAUAAUUAUAGAUGUACUCAAAUAGAAUGUGAAUAAGUAUCUAGUUAAGUCAACGGCUUCCUAGAUUCCUUUCUUAAUUCAUCACUUCACUCAUUUGUUCAAAGGACGGUGUCGCGCCCUCUUGAUUCAGUAAUCAGAAUUUCAAAUCUCAUGAAAUGAUUGAUGUGUGAGUACCGGGAUAAUGAGGUGUUUAGGAACAGGAAUUUGUUUUAAAAUAUUGGUAAAUUUCGAAUUGUACUAGAAAUAAUAGUAUGAUGCCGUUUUGUUCCUUGUUCCUUCUGGGCCUUCAGAGAAUAGAAUAGAUCAUAAUUUAAAUUGAGUUUCAUAGGUAUUACAUGGUGCUAAUUUCAGUUUCUCAUGCAUACAACCUUCAAACUUAUCUGCCAACGGACACAAGCUUGACAAAAAAAGAAAAAUUAAUUUUUUCAAUAAGACGCUGUCUACAUUUCAUAUUGAGAUAAUACAGAGAUGAUUGGAAAACAAAAAAACUGUUCCAUCUCAUUGAAAAUUAAAUAGUUCAGCGAUAAAACCAUUGAAAUUUUUUGAAAAAGCAACAAACAUACAUAAUUAUAAACGCUGAAGCAUCCCUCAGUAAAUGAGAAACAUAUAUCAUCACGAAAUUGAAAAUGAAGAUGAGUUACAUCGAAAGAAAUGAAGUGGAAAAAUAUAUUCAUGAACUCAAAAUGAAAAAUAUUGAACAUCACAUCAUUUACUGAUCGGUUAAACUAAAAAAAAAGAAACUCCUGAAAGUAUUACAUAAUAAUAAUAAUGUUCUUGUAGAUAAAAAAAUAUCAUUCCAUAUAAAUAUUUUGAAAUAAUUUUUAGAAAACAAGAAAGAAGGCAUGGUAUUUCUGGGAUUGUUCACUUUUCAGCAAGUAUGACAUUAGAUUAUUUCCAUUUGACAGUCACAUCCCAUUAUUGAUAAUUUUUUUUCAAAUUUUCUCAUAUCAUUUAAUAGCUAAAUAAUCAUUUCUACAGGGCGUUCCAAGGAAAACUCGACCUUCCCUGUAAGUCAGAAACGGACAUGUAGUCAUACCUGAAAUUCCACCCCCCUGCGGUCAACAACUACACCCCUGUUUCUCAAUGACAUGGGGGAUUGAGUGAUACAUCAUUUGAAAGGUCUUUUGUUUCUCUAUUACCUUGACCUUCCCUGUAAGUCAGAAACGGGCAUGUCAUACCCGAAAUUCCAUCCCCCUGCGGUCAACAACACUACACCCCUGUUUUUCAAUGACAUGGGGGAUCGAGUGAUACAUCAUUUGAAAAGUCUUUUGUUCCUCUAUAACCUUUGUGAUACUUCUCUAAAUUGGUUCAUUCGUUAUUGAGAAAUUAAAUGUUGCAAGUUUUAUUUCA